CAGUUAAUGUUGAGGAAUUUGAAAUCCUCAAAAUCAAUAUCCAACUACAUUUAGACUACUUUGAACUUUAUCUACAUAUCUGCUGUAUUUUUCUCAGUCUGUUCGGGAGGGGGCUACAGUUCACAGUGAUGUGAAUGCUCCUUUUUGGUUUUAAAUUCUACCCAUAUGGCUUAAUUUCUCUGUGUACAGACUGGAAAGUGUAGAGUGUUUCUCUGGCUCAGCAUGACACUCUGCACAAACUUGAGAGCGUGGAGUGUCUCUCCAGGUCCGGGUGAUACUGUGUACAGACUGGACAGUGGGAGUGUCUCUCUGGGUCAGAGUAAUGGCUUGUAUCGUGUGGCCAGUAAAUCCGGGAACGCGGAGCUUCUGCUGUCCCCGCGUUUGUGCAGUAGCUCCCUCUGGUACAUUGUUUGAGCAUUGACAGCGGACGAGGUUCCCUGUUGUUAUUUAUAAACGGACGGGUCGAACGACAGGGGAACUGAGAUCGCGCUCACAUCACCUGUACAGGGAGAUGCUGAACGGGAACGUUACUAGGCGCCAGCAAAUGCAGUCUUGUGUGGGAGAUGCCAUGGCUGGUUAGCGCUUCUGUCGAUCGAUGAGGACAGCUUGUGGGAAACAUGGAUGAGAAAUGUAACAGGCGGCUGCUGUUGCUGGUGUUGGUCGUCUUGUUUGUGGUGAUCAUCUUCCAGUAUGUUUGCCCUGGAGCCAGUUCCUGCCGAAUGCAAUGGGGGGACAGAGCCCUGGACUUUGGGCUCUCUCCCCUUGGUCAGCGUCCGGGGGCGGAGGAGCGGAGGUUCCAGGGUGCCUUCAAUUUCACCGAGCGGGAUCUCUGGAGGCGGCUGGAUUUUGACAUCAAAGGGGACGACGUGAUCGUCUUCUUGCACAUACAGAAGACCGGCGGCACCACUUUCGGGAGGCAUCUGGUGCGGAACAUCCGGUUGGAGCAGCCCUGUGACUGUCGGGCCGGACAGAAGAAAUGCACUUGCCACCGGCCAGGCAAGAGAGAGAGCUGGCUGUUCUCCAGGUUCUCCACCGGCUGGAGCUGUGGGCUGCAUGCAGAUUGGACCGAGCUGGUCAACUGUGUGCCAGCCCUCAUGGAGAACCCACAGCAGCGAGACACUCACAGGAACUUCUAUUACAUAACAAUGCUAAGAGACCCCGUAUCCCGCUUUUUAAGCGAAUGGAGGCAUGUCCAGAGAGGAGCUACCUGGAGGGCUUCAUUACACAUGUGUGAUGGCCGGACCCCGACACCGGAUGAGCUUCCGACCUGCUACGUAGGGGAUGACUGGUCAGGCUGCAGUUUGCAGGAGUUUAUGGAUUGCCCUUACAACCUGGCCAACAAUCGCCAGGUCCGCAUGCUGGCUGACCUGAGCCUGGUGGGUUGUUACAACGUCUCAACCAUGGGAGCCAGCAGGCGCAAUGAAAUACUCUUGCACAGCGCCAAGACUAACCUGAAGGACAUGGCCUUCUUCGGACUGACCGAGUUCCAGAGGAAGACCCAAUGUCUGUUUGAAAGAACCUUUCAGCUGAAGUUCAUUUCGCCGUUCACACAACUCAACAGCACCCGGGCGGCCAGUGUGACGCUGGACCGGCAAACCCGGCGGCACAUAGAGCAGCUGAACUUCCUGGAUGUGCAGCUCUACGACUACGCGAAGGAUCUCUUUCUGCAGCGUUUCCAGUACAUGAGGCAGAAGGAGCGCCAGGAAGAGAAAAGGAAGCGUCAGGAGCAACGCAGAGCACAUCGCCAGAAACAGGGAACACACAGGUCCCCAAAAAUUCACACGGAGAGCGUGAUGACAGAUGACUAUGUGAGUCUGGUGGAAAGGUGGUGACUGGUUCUCAUCCGCUCCCUUCAUUCAUUCAUCCUAGGUAAUUAAUAUUGUGACCACAAGUGUGAGAGGACAGUAUUUCACAUGAAAUGUGCAAUACCAUCAUCCUGUGCGACCACAGUAAACCUGUUGAGCUAUCUUUGUCUUUAACUCCAGUGUAACCUUCACCUCUACAUCCCACCCAAUUCCCAGCCCCAUCUCACUCGUGCAUUCUUGCUGUUUACCCUCGGUUCAGUUUUUGUUAUGGGAGAUUUAGAGUCAAAAUUGCUCUCAAGGUUACGAAGAGAUUGUAAAGAUUUCAUUCAGUUGUCCAAGGUACUCUGUCAGAAAGCAGGCAAAUCAGGUCUAAAGAUAAUAUAUGUAACAAUAGAUAUGUGACAAUAUACCCAGGCAUCAGAUCAAAUUCACACCAAAAUAGUUUUGUCUGUUACUGCUAUAUUAACAAGAUCAAAUAAAAAAGUCUUUUGAAGUUAGUACAAUAUUGUGACUUUUUUAAUGCUCGUGUUAUUAAACUACAAUUUGCAUCAAUAAAGCACACGUGAUUUAACUACUAGCCUGACUGAUUACCUUUC